AUGAGACAACAAGUUCGCCUUGAUGCAAAAACUUUUCACAAACGUGCACGAAAUUUAUUGUCUUCUUGGAAGGCUUCGCUCAAAAAAGGUGCCUCUGACGAACUUUUCCAAGGUGCCUCCGCAAUUCUCGCCGUAAUAGGCGAAUUGCAAGAAGAUUACCCUUAUCAAAAAUCCAUAGCAUUGGAGAGCUGGCUCUUAGGACUAGAAAUACCUAAUGUAUUGAUCCUCUUCACAACCGAAAAAAUAUAUUUUGUGGCAAGCGAGAGUAGAGCAAAUAUGUUAGAAGAUUUAAAACUGGGUGAAAAGCAAAUACCCAUUGAGAUUCUCAAACGAACUAAGGAUGCUAGUCAUAAUCGUAAAUUAUUAGAACAAAUCUGCUCUAUUAUGCAGGAAACAAAUACAGAGAAACGCAUUGGUAUACUGCCAAAACAAAAAUAUACCGGCAGCUUUCUAGAAGAAUGGCAAAAGGUAUACGAGGACAUAAAAUCCAGUGUACAAGAAGUCGAUGUUUCUGCUGGUGUAGCUUCCACUUUAUCCAUCAAAGAUGAAGAUGAAUUGAAAUUAAUAAAAAUUGCCAGUAAAAUAAGCUCUACCCUUAUGAGGAGAGUCUAUGAUACUUUGGGUACAAUUAUCGAUGAAGGAAAAGAUAUGAAGCACGAUCAACUUGCUGAAGAAAUACAGACAAUGAUUGAGACUGAUAAAACGCUUGCUAAAAUUGCUAAUGGUCCAGAUCUUGACUUGGAAAAACUGGAAUCCUGCUAUACACCAAUAAUUCAAAGUGGCGGAAAAUACGAUCUGAAAUCCUCGGCACAAUCUACUGACGAAAAAUUACAUACCGGAAGUGGAAGUAUUGUCUUAUGUUCAUUAGGAGCAAGAUAUAAAUAUUAUUGUUCCAAUAUUGGAAGAACAAUUCUUAUACAAGCAACUAAGACUCAAGAAAGGAAUUAUCAGUUCCUUUUGGAUCUUCAGCGGCAUGUUUUGGAAUAUAUAAAAGAUGGCACAAAAAUACGAGAUGUAUACUCAAAAGCUAUUGAUUAUAUUAAAACCAAGCGUCCCGAUCUCGAAAAUGCCUUUGUUAAAACUCUUGGCUUUGGGAUGGGAAUUGAAUUCCGUGAGGGAAAUUACCUUUUGAAUCCUAAAAACACGAGAGAAUUAAAGAGUGGAAUGAUAUUAAAUCUAUCGAUAGGUUUUCAGAAUCUUAAAAACGAACAAGCAGAAGAUAAUAAACGAAGUGAAAAUUAUUCACUUUUAGUAAUUGAUACAGUACGAGUGACCAAUGAUCGGCCUAUUAUAUUAACCGAUUAUCAAAAAACCUUAAAUUCUGUGUCUUAUACUUUUAUGGAUGAAGGGAAAAGCGAUCAAGAAGCAAAGAAAGAAAACAAACGGCCAGUCAAACAAACUGAGCCAAAGAAAGCUUCAGCAAAAAAAAGUGCUGUACUGAGAACUAAAUUCAGGAGUGAAGAACAGCGCGAAGAAACUAAAGAUCAACAACGCAGAGCACAUCAAAAGGAAUUAGCGGCUUUAAAACAAGCAGAAGGAUUGGCUAGAUUUGCUGAAUCAUCAGAUCAGCAAACAUAUCAACAGCAAGUUUUCUUUCAAAAAUUCGAAAGCUAUAAACGGGAUUCUGCUUUGCCUAAAGAAGUCAAAGAACUUAAGAUUGUUGUAGAUCAAAAAAACGAAUCAAUCAUUUUACCUAUUUAUGGUUUUGCUGUGCCUUUCCAUAUUUCAACGUUAAAAAAUGCAAGUAAGAAUGAAGAGGGAGAUUUCACUUAUUUGCGUUUGAAUUUCUUGACUCCAAAUCAAGCAUCCGGCAAGAAAGAAGAUAUGCCAUUUGAUGACACGAAUGCAACCUUUGUUCGUGCUGUUUCAUAUCGAAGUACAGAUCCAUAUUUAUCUGAAAUUCACAAAAAGAUUCUCGAUCUUAAGAAAAGUGCCUCCAAAAAAGAAGCAGAGCGUAAAGAACGGGCAGAUAUCGUUGAACAGGAUAAGCUCAUAGAGUUAAAAGGUCGAAGGCCUCAACGAUUGUCAGAUGUAUUUGCAAGACCUGGGUUAGAGGGCAAACGAGCGCCAGGAGAGCUCGAAAUACAUCAGAAUGGAUUAAGAUAUCAUGCUAGUAAAACGAAUCAGAAAAUAGAUAUUCUGUUUAGUAAUGUCAAACAUAUGUUUUUCCAACCUUGCGACAAUGAACUCAUCGUCUUGUUGCAUGCACAUUUGAAAAAUCCUAUUAUGAUUGGCAAGAAAAAAACAAAGGACAUUCAAUUUUAUCGAGAGGCUUCAGAUGUUCAAUUUGAUGAAACAGGCAACCGUAAAAGAAAAUAUCGAUAUGGUGAUGAAGACGAAUUGGGUGCCGAGCAGGAAGAGCGCAGAAGGCGGGCUCAAUUGAAUAAAGAAUUCAAAUCUUUUGCAGAAAAAAUAGCUGAUGCAACUGAUCGAAUAGAAGAAAUUGAGAUUCCUUAUAGAAAUUUAGGAUUCAAUGGGGUUCCUUUUAGAACCAAUGUUUUACUUCAACCUACAAAUGAUGCUCUUGUUCAUUUAACUGAUCCCCCAUUCUUGGUGAUAACACUUGCUGAUAUAGAGAUUGCUCAUUUGGAACGUGUUCAGUAUGGGUUGAAGCAUUUUGAUAUUGUAUUUGUAUUUAAAGAUUACUCGCGUACUCCUGUACACAUCAAUACAAUUCCGAUGGAACAAUUAGAAAAUGUGAAGGAAUGGCUAGACAACGUAGAUGUGACAUUCACUGAAGGACCUGUUAAUCUGAAUUGGACACAGAUUAUGAAGACAAUAAACGCUGACCCUGCAGAAUUUUACAAGGAAGGUGGUUGGUCAUUCUUAGCCGAGAAUGAGGAUGGUGAAGGUUCAGACGCAUCCUCUGACUCUGCAAGUGAAUACCAAUUAAGUGAAAGUGAGCCUGAUGAUGACGAUAGCGGAAGUAGUUAUGAUGAAGAUGCUUCGGACGACAACUCUGCUUCAGUCGAAGAGGAGACUGAAGAAAAUAAUCGUUCAAAGGGUGUCUAUUCAAACUUUAUAAACGGUCGAUAUUUCACGACUAAAGUCGUAAAAAUGCCUAAGUUAAAAGAUCCUUCGUUAUUUCGUGAAGCAGCCUUUAUAAAUGGUGACUGGGCCAAAUCCGUCUCUGGAAAAACCUUUGCAGUUUUGGAUCCAGCUACAGAAAACGAGAUUGGCAAAGUACCAGAUAUGGAUAAAGAGGACACUCAAAUUGCUAUAAAAGCUGCAAGAGAAGCCUUUAAAAAUUGGUCAGAUCAAACAGCAAAGUAUCGACAUGAUAUGCUCAAGAAUUGGUAUUCACUCAUAAUAGAACAUCAACAAGAUCUUGCAUUGAUUCUUACUCAAGAGAAUGGUAAGCCAGUUUCAGAAGCUCUCGGUGAGAUUAAAUACGGUGCCAGUUUUAUCGAAUGGUUCGCCGAGGAAGCAACUCGCACAUACGGCGAUGUUAUUCCCUCACCAAAUAAAAAUCAAAGAUUUGUGGUACAAAAGCAACCGGUUGGCGUUGCGGGUAUAAUUACCCCUUGGAAUUUCCCGAAUGCUAUGAUAACUCGUAAAGUCGGUGCCGCUUUGGCUGCUGGAUGUACUGUAGUUGUUAAGCCUGCCGCGGAAACGCCGUUCUCGGCUUUGGCAAUAGCAGAAUUGGCGAAUAAAGCAGGAUUACCUAAAGGUGUUUAUAACGUGGUGACUAGUCAUGAAAAAUAUAAAGAAGUAGGGUUGGAAAUAACCACCAAUCCUAUUAUUAAAAAAGUUUCUUUUACUGGUUCAACAGCAGUUGGAAAAUUGUUGAUGGAACAAAGUUCAAGUACAUUAAAGAAAAUUACUCUCGAACUAGGUGGAAAUGCACCCUUUAUCGUUUUUGACGAUGCAGAUAUUGACGCAGCAGUCAAAGGCGCGGUUGCUUCAAAGUUUCGCAGCUCAGGUCAAACAUGUGUAUGCGCUAAUCGAAUUUUUGUUCAAUCGUCUGUGUACGCCGAGUUCGCCUCACAUUUCACUCAAAAAGUAUCCAACUUCCGAGUGGGUAAUGGGUUCGAUUCAGAUACAACUCACGGUCCAUUAAUAAAUCGCAAAGCUAUAGAAAAAUGUACGCGACAUGUUGAUGACGCGGUCUCAAAGGGCGCAGAAAUACUAAUAGGCGGGAAACAUCUUAAGGGAAAUUUCUAUGAGCCAACUGUACUUUCCAAUCUGCAUCCUGAAAUGUUGAUCUGUCAAGAAGAAACCUUUGGCCCGAUAGCCGGAAUUUUCAAGUUUGAUACAGAAGAACAAGUUAUCGCGAUGGCUAAUUCAACAGAGUCCGGUCUGGCGGGAUAUUUCUAUAGUCGAGAUGUUGGACGAUGUUGGCGCGUUGCUGAGGCUUUGGAAGUGGGUAUGGUAGGAAUAAAUACAGGAAUAAUCAGUAGUUGUGAAACACCAUUUGGUGGGAUUAAGCAGUCCGGUCUUGGUCGUGAAGGAUCAAAAUACGGUAUCGACGAAUAUUUGAACACCAAAUAUAUUAAUUUUGGUGGAAUAUAA